AUGAAAUUAUGGAAGAAGAGUUUGAAUUCGAUUCCAAUGAUUAUGAAGGUAAAUGGUAUAUGCAAGAAAAAUUAUAUUGGGUUUUAUGUCAAAAGAAUGGUAAAUGGAAAAAAGCCUUAUUUCUUAGAGCUUUUUCGACAAAGAGUUUAAGUUGAUCAUAGGAGGGAGUUUAAAUGUAAAAUUUUUUAUUAUGUAAAGAGCGUUAAAAACAGUUUUUAGGAGGAAUAUUUAUUGAGCAGUUUUCCAGGAAAAAUGAAAUUAAUAUUUUUAGAAUAGAAUGAGAAAAGGGAAUUUUAUAUUUCCAAUCUGAAAGACUGCGAAUUCAAUUUUUAAGCAUUAAUUAACGAAUAUUAUGAUUAUAAGACCCAAUUACUAUAAUUACAGGUUGAUUAAGAAUAUGACACACAAUAUUUGAUAUAGGUUUGGGUUCAAAUUGAUGAUGUUUUGAGUGAAUUUUAAACAAUUUAAGUGAUUAGAUUGAACCUCAAAUAUCAAUUAGAUGAAGAGAACCAUAUAGAUUUGACGAGUUUUUAAAUUACUUAUAUAAGUGAGAAUUCCAAAUGGUAUUAUUGUCUUUAAUUUUAUUCCUAUAUUUAUCCAUUCAUUUUUUCAAAAACUUAAAUUUAGGAUUUUACAAAGAACUAUCAAUAUGAAAUUGGUAGCGAAUUUCUUACCUCAUGGCAUUUAAUAUAAGUUAGCUACAAAAAUAAAUAAAUCAAUUACGGAAUGAGAAACUAUCUAUUAAAUAAAUAGUUGCUGAAACAAUUUGAAAAUGUAAAUUAGUUUUCUUGCUCUAAAUUUACAAUUGUUUUAGGAUAAAAUAGUGGUGAAAAUUUACUGAGUGGCCAAAUUUAAAAUUUAAAAUAUUCAACCUGUCCUUCUAGUGAUAACAGUAUUUAGUUUGACCAUUGCCAUUACUCUUGUCAAACUUGUUUUGGGCCAAACAGCAAUCAUUGUUGGUCAUGUGAUGUAAGAAAAAAUAGAAUAUUUAAUCCAAAAGUUAAUACAUGCAAAUGCAAAUUAUGGUAUUUAGACUUAGAUGAAGUUUAAUGUCAUGGAUAAUCUGAGUUUAAUUUAAUAGAAACUAAAAUUUAUUUACCUGAAGAUACAAGGUACGAUGAAAUUUAACCUAUAGUUUAAUGUGCUUAUGGGUACUUUCGAUAUUUAGAUUCAUGCAUUUAGUGUCCAUCUGCAUCAUAGAAGGGAGCCAUAUAAUGUCUAGAUUGUAUUCUAUAUCCAGAUACAUGGGUUUAAAAUGGCAUGUGCUAUCAAUAAUAUUAAUAAUUUGAUAUGGAUGAAUAAAAUACUUAUAGACAUAUUGCCGAUGCUGCUUCACCAUAAUCAAAUUUUUAUUUACUAAUUGAUGAAGAGUUAUUUACUUGUGAAGAUUGUGUAUUUUGUUCAAAAGAAGAAUAUUUGGAAGAAUAAGAAAUGGGAAUUAGCUAUUGCAUUUUAUAUCCUUUAAAACAUAUGAAUUAAGAUACUUACAUAAUGUGUAUAUAUGGAAAUUUAGACUAUGAAACUUUUAAAUGCUAACCGCAAGAAGUGAUAGAAAGACAAAAUUAUGGAUCCUACAAAGGUACAUGUAAUGAGUUUUGUGGUUACUGUAGUUUAAGAAUGUGUUAUUACUGCAAGGAUACUACUCUUUACUUUAGUGACUGGUAAGGAAUAUGUAGAGUUUGUAAUAUUGAACACUGUAAAUAUUGUUUUUCAUACAACUAAUAUGACUUGAAUUAAGUAUCUGCAAGAAAAGUUCCUUAUUUUAAACUCCCAUCUAAUUUGGAAGAAGAUUACAUAAUAGGGUGUUCGCUUUGUUAUUCAGGGUAUAUAUUUGAUUUUACUAUCAAUGAAUGCGUAAAAAAGAGUUUGGAAUUUCCAUGCUUAAAUGCUUUCAUCAAUCAAGAUAAUGAAUUAAUUUGCACUAGUUCAUCAUUAACAGCUCGAAUAACUGAAGAACCAUUAGAAACAAUUGGAUGCUAAACAUAUUUCUAGUUCUGUGUGAAAUGUGUUUCUGAUAAUUAUAAGAUGGUACAAUGUACAAAAUGUGAGGAUGGAUACUAUCUCAAUUUUAAAAAUGGAAUUUGCAAGCCUUGCUCUGAGAUAAUUGAACAUUCAAUCAAAUGUAAAAUGCUCACUUCUUCUUAAGAUUCUUGGAAAUAUGACGUUAUGAGUUUCUAUAAUAAAUUUUUGCCUGAUAAAAUUCCGAUAUUGCUUUCAGGAUAAUAUUUUAUUGUCUAUUACCUUAUAGAUGAAUGUGAAGAGGGCUAUAUAUAUUUUUAUGAUGAAUGUAAAAUUGCCAAUGAUAAAAACUGUUUAAAUUGGCAUAAUGAUAUAAAUGGAGUAAUUUGUAAGACAUGUAAAUCUUAAUCAAAAUUUUAUCAAUCAUCCUCUUUCUUCAAUGAAAAAUGUCAAAUGUGCCCAUAUCCAUGUAUUAUAUGCUAAGAAAGAACAUUAGAAGAGAUAAACCUCAUCAAUCCUUAUUUUAUUGUUGAUGAACAGACUAAAAGCUAAACAUAUUAUUGUAUCAAAAAUUAUGGAAAUCAGGAAACAUACAUACAUCAGAAAUUAGGAAUGAUUUAACCAUAAACCUAAAAUGGAGCCAGAUACGUUAAUAAAAUAACAAAGAUCUUAAAUUAAAAUGAAUUCUCCUCCUCUCAAGAACUUAAAGAGUUGGAGAUGUAAUAUUUAAUUCAAAGAAAUAUUUACACAUACUAAGCUCAAUAUUCAUUUUUACCUGAUGAGUAAAUUAUUAAUCUUAGAAAUUAUAUUUUUUCUUUAUAAAAUUAAGAUCUUUAUUAUGAUGGAUAAAAUGAAAAUUAUCAUGAAAAAAUUAUUCAAAUUUUUAAUUAAUCCAAAGUAACCAUUGAUAACCUUUACUUUUUUAAUGAAAAAAAUAUUCUGAAUAUCACUUCAAAAUAUGGAGUCGAAGUGUUUAUUAACAAUAUAACUCUUCCAUCUAUUACUAAUUAUAGAACUUUAAUUGAAAUAACUAAUAGUACUAAUUUAAGUAUGUCUUAUAUUUAAAUUAAUGAAUAAAUCAAUUAUUAAUCAUCAUUGAUUUCUAUCAACAAUUUUUAUUAAUAGGUUUUCUAAAAUACGAACCUAUUAUUUUAUGAGAUCACUUUAUUGAAUUGCAUAUUUAUAAAUAGUGUGUUUAUACUUAUCAAUAAUCAUCAAAGUUAUGUUGAUAAAUUUGUGAUCAAUAAUUUAAGAAUCAUUAAUUGCACUUUUGAAAAUUCUUCCCUUUUUACCUUCACCUAAUAGUCUAAUUUUAAUAAGAUAAUAAUCAAGAACAUAAGUAUAAGCAAUUCUAAAUUUAUCAAUUCAGAAUUUGCUAAAAUACCACUAGGCAAUUAAAUAUAAAUGUAUUAACUAGAAUUAAUCAAUUCUACAAUUACUUAAGGAAUUUUAAUAUAAUCUACUUAAUCUACAAUAUUUUAAGAGCUAUUCUUCGAAAAUGUGAAUUUAUCAAACAGCACUCUUCUACUUCUUAAGGGAUAUCUGAGUGAAACCAAUUUUGAUCAUUUAUUUUAAAAAAUACAAAUAAAGAAAAUUUCAUUCCAGGGGCAAAGUCCAUUUAAAAUUAUAUAUAGAAGUGAUUAUAAAGGUUAAAUAAAAAUGUAAGAUAUAAUGUUAGAAUAAGGUUCUAUCAUUCAAGAUGAUAGAUUAUAUGAUUUUAAUGCAUCAAAUUGUUUUUUUGAUUUUCAGAGUCAAUCCAUAUCAAUCACAAACUUUACAGGAUUAAAUAUUCUUAAUAUUUAAAUAUUUUGUUUGAAUAACUUCGACUAAAUUAUUAUCAAGGAUUGUAUAAUCAAAUAAAAAGAGUAAGGUUUAUUUAAUUAUGAUGCAAAUAAAUAAGUAAAUAAUAAGGGAUUUUUGUUUAUUAAGGAUUUUAUUGAAAUCUAUUUAUCAAACAUAUAGAUAAGCAACUUAUACGUGGUUGAUUCAUCCUUAAUUUAUAUAUAAUCCAAAUAAGAUGUUACUUUUAACUAAAGUGUUGUAGUACAUGAUUUUAACGUCACCAACAAUGUGCUUGUUAAAAGUUAAUUAUUUACCGUGCCAUCUCUUUUGUAUAUAUAAUCAGAAUAUUAUUGCAAUGUUGAAUUAUCUAAGAUCAACUACGAGCAUAACCUAAUUAAGUAUUAGAUUGAGGAUUCAUAAAUUAUAGCUCCUUCUUUACUUUAUAUUUUCGUAAAAUAAAGCAAAAUAUCUUUGAACUCUGGACAAUUUAAACAAAAUAAAAUUAUAAAUUCAAGAAAUUCUCACAUUUAUCUGAACUCAGAAACUAUCACAUUGCAAUCGUUAAUUGUUUCUGAUAUCAAUAUAGAUUAUUAGAAUUAAGACUUGAAUUUCUCUAAUAUUUAAAUCUAUUCAUAAGGAGGAUUGGGAUAAUUGAUUGGAAAAAAUAUUGUAAUUUUUGAUGUGAAAUUUUAAAAUAUGAUGGCUCAUCAAGGUGGCUGUUUAUUAAUGGUCUUACUUGAAAAAAGCAGAGUUUUAAUAGAGAAUGUUGUUAUUUAAAAUGCCAUCAGUUGGAACAACAUGAGCAUAAAUUCUUUUGGUGGAAGCUUUUAUAUUGACGCAACAAAUUCAGAAUUGGACUUGCUUAUAAGAAAUAUCUCAGUGACAUUAUCAAUUAGCAAAGAUUCAGGGGGAUUCAUAUAUUUACUUCCUUCAUAAAUAUCCAAUAAAUUGAAAAUUCUUAAUUCAAACUUUAUUAAUACAUUUUCUUAAGAAUAAAGCUUGGUUUCUUUUGUAUGUGAUUUCUUUCUUAGUAAUAAUACAUUUGAAUUUAAAAAUAACACCAUAAAUAUUGAAGAAAGCUUUUACAAUGAUUUUCUAGGAAUGAACUUUUAGAGUCCUUAAUCAAGUUAGAGUAGUCUGAUUGCUGUAUCUAAUAGCAAGAUUAAUAUUGAUUCUGUGUCAAUUACAGGUUCGUACUCAGUUUCUAUAUUUAGUUUAUCCUUUAUCCAUUAUCUUCGUUUAACUAAUGUAAAAAUAAUUCAGGCUAAAUCUUUUGGGGCUGCCUUUAUAUCGAUUAGCAAUGAAUAAAAAUACUAAUUAGCUUAUAAGACUUAAAACUAAUUGUUUUUAAGUGAAAUAGACAUAAAUAAUUGUUAAAAUGUCAAUUAAUAAACAAAAGGUUCAUUUUUGGAUAUUCUUCUGAAUGCCUAAAUAACAUCAAAAAUAUAGUUCCAUAAUCUCUAAAUUAUUCAGAAUAAUUGUUCUAAUUGUUAAAAUGGUUUAAUCAAUCUACAAUUUACAGAAUAUACAAAAUCAAUAAACUUUAAUUAACUAUUAUUCUUUAAAAAUGAUUGUGGUUUUUAAUCUUGUCUGUCUGCAACUCCUAUAGGAACUUAUCAAACAACUUCAAUAAAAGUAGAUCAUGGCCUAUUCAUCUAAAAUAAAGGUUUAAUGAAUGGAACACUUAAUUUAUAGGCAUCAAAUCUAGAUUUACGGAACUUAAAAUUUAUUCAAAAUACAGCAUCUAAAGGUGGAGGAUAUUAUUCCCAAUAUUAUCAGGAACUUUAAACAAAAAAUCUUUAUUUCAUUGCAAAUAAGGCAAAUAUUGGGGGUGCCAUUUUCUUAAAAAGCACAAAAUUGUAAACUUCUUGCUUUUCCUAAAUUUACUUGAUUGACAACAAAGGCAAGGUUGCUAUAGAUAAUCUUUAAGAAUUGCCCCUCUAGAUUAUGUUAUCGAUUUUCCAAACAGAUAUUGAAAAUAUAUAUGUAGGAGGCAAAUAUCUACCCAAUCUUAAAAAAUUCCUAAAUGAAAAUUUCAUUUAUUUGCCAAGCGGUUAAAAAAUAGGAUAAUAUCAAAUAUAUUCUUAGGAGUAGUAAAAUUAUCAAAAUUAUAAUAUUCAAUUAAGAUUUUAUUUUGUGAAUAAUCUAGAGGAAAAAAUAUUACUAUUUGAAAAUGAAACCUCAAGUUGCACAGUUAAUUAACAAUAAUUUAUUGGAGAAUAAUAGCAAAAUGGAAAAUAUAAUGAUUACGUAGUUGAGUAUGAUAAAGAAGAUCAAUCAUUCAAUUUUGAAAACUUAACCAUCAUAUUUGAUCCAUAUUCCAAGAAGGAUAGUUAUUUAAAUUUACAAAUGACUUGCAUAAACUAAUUAAAGGAAGUGAUCAAAUUUUAAUUAAAUGUUAAGACAUUUCCAUGCUAAGUAGGAGAAUACUAUUAUGAAUCUUAAUGUCUAUUAUGCGAGGCUAAGAGAGGGUAUUAUUCCCUUGAGCCAAAAGCAUCUUAUUGUUUAAAAAUAGAUCCAAAGAUGAUUUAAAAAAAUACAAUAAAUCAAAUAGAAUUAUAUCCAAGAUAUUGGAGACCGUCUUCUAAAAGUUCACUUAUUUCUGUUUGCAAUAGAAAGCCUGAAAAUUGUUUAGGAGGUUGGGAAACAGGAGAUGAUUCAUGUUAGUUAGGAUCUAUAGGAGGAUUGUGUGAAGAAUGUGAUAUAUAUAAUAUAAGAGGAUUUGGAUAAUAUUACCAAAACAGCAAUUUUAAAUGCCAGUAUUGUUAGAAUUUUAUUGGGAAAGCUGCCAUUUCAAUUGUAAUAACAAUUUUGACAUUACUAUCAACAUAUUUAACUGUUAAUAGUGCCUAGUUACUCUUUAUGAAUUUUAAACGACUGAAAUAUACUACAGUUCAUUAUAAAAUCAUAUUUAGACAAGGAUAAGAUUAAUCAGCUGCCUUAAUUAAAAUGAUUGUAAACUAUUUUUAAAUUUUGAUUGGAAUAAAAUCAUUCCAAAUUUAGAUGUAUUCAAAUAUUAUUGAUUUCUUGAAUCCUUUUAGCAAUCCAGUUGGUAGUUCUCUAUAUUCAUAUGAUUGUUUUUAUAGCUAGCAAUCUAAUGUUCCAGUUAUCUACAUAAAUCUAAUGAUUAAUCUAUUAAUACCAAUAUUUUAUUACUUGCUUUUUAUCACCAUCUAUUUGAUUGUAAUAUUAUUCAAAAAAGCCAAAUUAUCAAUAACAAUAUAUUUCACUGCAAUACUCUAUUUGCUAUUUUAUACCUAACCUUAAAUAAUAAAUGAAUUAGGUAGUUUAGCGGCUAAAAGACAAAUUUCGGGAAUUACUUAUAUAAAUAAAAAUGUUUAAUAUUUAUACUCAACCUCAACGCAUAAUAAUUGGAUGACAUUUUGUAUAAUUCCAUUGUUGGUUUUUGAAGGAGGUAUUCUUCCUCUUAUUAUUCUACUUAAAUUAAUCAAAAUUAGAAAGCAUUUCAAUUCAGAUAGAUUUCGUAAAAUAUGGGGAUAUAUUUUUAAUGACUAUUAGGAGUCAUGUUAUUAUUGGGAAAUACUUAGAAUAUUUUAAAGAUUAAUAAUUAUAUUGACCUUGAAUUUUAACGAAGAAUAAAUCAUUACCAAAGGAUGCAUAAUGUUUAUAAUCUUAUUAUUUUAUUUUACAGCUGUUUUUAUACAAAAACCGUAUAAUGUUAAAUCUUUAAAUGGAUUUGAAUUAGAUAGCAUCUGUUUAUGCGAAAUUAUAAUAGUAAUUAGUUGUUUAAAAUACUAAACAUAGAUUAACUAGAUAACAAGUAUAGACUUUUUAUUGGAGAUAAUCUUUAUCAUAUUUUUUAUGUUUUUACUUCUAAAAGUAAGUAUAAAACUAACUAUAAUUUACUAUUAUAAAUAUAUUGAGAGAUUUGAUAAUAUCAAACGAUUUUUAUAGUAUUAAUUCCCUGGAUUAACUCAAAAAAAAUCAAUAAUCUCAAAAUUCUUAAAUAGUAAGAAGAAUCAGAGAAAUUAGAUAUAGCAGAGAUUUUUAUCAGCAUUUUCCAAUUUAAAACAACUUAAAACCCACUCAAGUAAACUUUCCUAAUCUAAUCAUUAAAUUAAAAUGAGCAACAUUCAAAAUGAACACACACUUUAACUUUCUUGUUAAUUUACUAAUAAUAAUGAAAAAAAUGAGAAUGCAUUUGUCAAGGCAGAUGACUUUUCUUAAUGCCAAGAUAUAGUUUUAUGA